UCCAGUUCUUUCUGAAACGUCAGCUUCCAGAUCUUUCACGGCGUCAAAUUUUGGUUUGGAGCAAAUUACUCGAAAUAUAACACAAAAAAGCAAAAGCGAAUCAAUCAAAAAAGAAGGUUAAUUCAAUGAAUUCAGCGCUGCGAAAAGUGAAGCAGGAGCCGGGCGUGCUCUCGCUGCCCGAAAAGAGGCUGGAGCAAUACUUAAUGUCGCUGCCGGAGGUGAAGCCCGAGCCAGGCUUAAUGCCAGAGGUCAAGCCCGAGCCAGGCUUAGUGCCAGAGCUGAAGCGGAAGCCAAAUGCAGCUGCGCCCGCGGUGAAGCUGGAGCCAGGCCUAUCGAGCGUCGCAGCGGCACGGCUCAAGCAGCGACUCGCGCGGGAGCUCAAGUCAUGCGGAGAGAUACUCCAGGUGCUGUUCAGCAAGAAGCACUCGGGCUAUGCCUGGCCCUUCUACAAUCCGGUGGACGCAAAGAAUCUGGGACUGUUCGACUACCACGACAUAAUCAAGCAGCCCAUGGAUCUGGGCACCGUGAAGCGCAAAAUGCACAAUCGCGGGUACAAUAACUUGGCAGAGUUUGCGGCCGAUGUGCGUUUAAUAUUCAGCAACUGCUACACGUACAAUCCGGCACAUCAUGAUGUCGUGAUCAUGUGCAAGAAGCUGGAGCACACCUUUGAAGCACUCUACGGCGAAAUAAUAGUGGACAUCGAAUCGGACGACGCCAGCGACACGGAGAGCGAUUCCGACAUGGACGAAGAGGUCAGAGCCAAGAUAAGAAUCUGCCAGUCCAAGGUGGAGAUUGCCAGUUCGCGAAUGCGCGAUCUCAUCGAAGAGAAUCGCAAGAUAACCCAAGAUAUAAAGAAAGUGAGGGCCAACGAGGAGAAGCUCAAUGCCAAGCGACGAGAAGUUGAUAAAAAGAUAAAGGGGCUUGAGGCAGAAAUCCAGACGCUCACCGAUGAGAUCUCCACGCUGAAGAAUGAUACAAAACGGGGUAAACAGGUCGCCCACGGCAGCUCGGCCAGCACAAAAGUGCAGCAAGUCAGCGACUCGUCCAGCGAGAACUCCAGCGUCACGGAGAGCGAGGACACCAGCGAGACGGAGAGCGAGUCCAGCUCGGAUGAAGAUCUCAACGAGAAGCUGAUCAUCAGCCAAUCGAAAAUAGACAUUGCCUUCUCCAAGCUGCGUAACUUAAUGAAGCAGAGCAGCAAGAUAGUGCUGGAGAAGCAGAAGCUGAUCAGCGCCGUGGAGAAGCUCACUGCCAGGGAAGAACUCCUCGAUCAGAAGCGUAAAGGUAUUGAGAAUGAGAUCCGAGAGCUCACCGCUAACAUGUCCGUCCUAAAGAAGUCAAAACAAGAGCAGAAGAAAGGGAACGAUCCAGUCGGUGGCUCCCAAUUGACUGGAAAAUAUGAGUCAGUUGGUGGCAGGAAGGCCCAGCCCAACAAGGACGACGAGAGCGAUGAGGAGAUUCAACAGCAGGUUAAAAAGACACGCCCCUCGAAGCCCCGUGUGAGUAGAGUUUAA